AUGGCGUUUGACUUCAGCAGCAUGAAUGCUCAUACAUGCCGUGUUGGUCCUGCUCUCCGAGGAGCAACGGUGAACCCAGGCGAUCACGCCAUAGAUGCUUCGAACGACAUCAUGAAGGAGGUCGACAAACUUGCUACUCAAACGACUCUCACUCAGAGGCAAAUAUGGAUGGCUAUUGUGGACAAGUUCUACAUGAACGAUGGGGCUCCGGUUCGCGGCGUAUCGGACAAAACCGUCAAAAACCGUGUGCAAGAAACUUGGGGCCACGAUUCCAGUCACGGCCGAGCCAGUAUCAUGACGAACCCCCGACUGACCUAG